ACCGACUGGUCCCCGAAACGGUGGCGGCGGCGGUUUGUGUCGUUGGUCCCCGAGAUUUAGGACCAACAUUUGGAGACCCUAAGGGGAACUGCAACCAUGAAUGAAGAAAACAUAGAUGGAACAAAUGGGUGCAGUAAAGUUCGAACUGGUACUCAGAAUGAGGCAGCAUUACUUGCUUUGAUGGAGAAGACUGGUUACAACAUGGUUCAAGAAAAUGGGCAAAGGAAAUUUGGUGGUCCUCCUCCAGGUUGGGAAGGGCCACCUCCACCCAGAGGCUGUGAAGUUUUUGUAGGAAAAAUACCUCGUGAUAUGUAUGAAGAUGAGUUAGUUCCUGUAUUUGAAAGAGCUGGGAAGAUAUAUGAAUUCCGACUUAUGAUGGAAUUUAGUGGUGAAAAUCGAGGCUAUGCUUUUGUGAUGUACACUACAAAAGAAGAAGCCCAGUUAGCCAUCAGAAUUCUUAAUAAUUAUGAGAUUCGACCAGGGAAGUUUAUUGGUGUAUGUGUAAGCUUGGAUAAUUGCAGAUUAUUUAUUGGAGCUAUUCCCAAGGAAAAGAAAAAAGAAGAAAUUUUGGAUGAAAUGAAGAAAGUUACAGAAGGAGUUGUUGAUGUCAUUGUCUAUCCAAGUGCAACAGAUAAGACCAAAAAUCGUGGUUUUGCAUUUGUUGAAUAUGAAUCUCACAGAGCUGCUGCUAUGGCGAGGCGGAAACUAAUUCCAGGAACAUUCCAGCUGUGGGGCCAUACCAUUCAGGUAGAUUGGGCUGACCCAGAGAAAGAGGUUGAUGAGGAAACCAUGCAGAGAGUUAAAGUUCUCUAUGUAAGAAAUUUAAUGAUCUCAACUACAGAGGAAACAAUUAAGGCAGAAUUCAACAAAUUUAAGCCUGGCACAGUUGAACGAGUAAAGAAACUUAGGGAUUAUGCUUUUGUUCACUUUUUCAAUCGAGAAGAUGCAGUGUCUGCUAUGUCUGUUAUGAAUGGAAAAUGCAUUGAUGGAGCAAGUAUUGAGGUAACAUUGGCAAAACCUGUAAAUAAAGAAAACACUUGGAGACAACAUGUUAAUGGUCAGAUUAGUCCCAAUUCUGAAAGUCUGAUUGUGUUUGCCAACAAAGAAGAAAGCCACUCAAAAACUCUAGGCAAGCCACCAGCUCUUCCUGCUCGUCUCAAUGGUCAGCAUAGCCCAAGCCCCCCUGAAAUUGAAAGAUGCACUUACCCUUUUUUUCCAGGAACAAAGCUUACACCAAUUAGUAUGUAUUCUUUAAAAUCCAAUCAUUUUAAUUCUGCAGUAAUGCAUUUGGAUUAUUACUGCAACAAAAAUAAUUGGGCACCACCAGAAUAUUAUUUAUAUUCAACUACAAGUCAAGAUGGGAAAGUACUCUUGGUAUAUAAAAUAGUUAUUCCUGCUAUUGCCAAUGGAUCCCAAAGUUACUUCAUGCCAGACAAACUCUGUACUACCUUAGAAGAUGCAAAGGAACUGGCAGCCCAGUUUACAUUACUUCAUUUGGACAGGGAACACAGUCUCUUCAACCUGGACUUGUGUAGAAGAAUUUGGAGAAAAUAAACAGGUCCUUUGUGAUGUUGCUUGAGCUUAUUCUCCUGCAGUUGAUCUCAUUCCUGUUGGCUAAACCUUAAGUCCCAUGACAACAUUAAGUUAAUGUUCCUAUGUUUUAGGCCUCAUCUAGAGUACCAGGACAAUAUUAUAGAAAAAACUGCCUGUAUGUUAGGUGACCUAAUUUUUAAAAAAAAUCUUUUUAAAAUGAUGAUUUUAUAGUCAUUGUCACACCCUUGGUUUAUUCUACACUAAAGAACAUAGUUGAGUUUUUGGAAGUACAGGAUUUACAAAUUUGGUCUUAAUAUACACACAUAUAAAUGUUACAAUUAAUGAAGUAAGAAAUUGCUUAAGAUGAAUGUUUAUUGUGGAACAGUAAUAUUUCAAAUAUAUUUUUAAAUAAUUUGGUUUAAUAUUUGGAUUUAUAUGCUGUAAGUUGAUAAUGGUUUCUUGAUGUUCAUUUUAUAAAGAUGAUUCAUUUUACUGUUUUAUGAUACUAAUAGGACUCUAACGUUAAAUUGAUGUGUUAAGUUAUACAAAUGUUUAUAUUUGUAUUUAAAUGAUGAAAUAUUGGACAGUUAGUUUAUACUAAAUAUUUUUGUGAUCCUGAGUGAAUGUUCCUGCUGGUUUGAUGUCUAAUGGUUUCAAAAAAAAAAAAGCAAACAUGAAUUAGCUGUUUUUUUUACAUCUGUUCUUCAUAGACUAUACCCCUUAAUGUCAGAACCAAAUUUAAAGGAAGUUUCUUUUUUUUUUUUCGUGAAGCAAGAGAAAUCAGGGGCUUUCUUUUUCAAUAAUAAAAACAAUAGAUAUCCAAUAAUUCAUUCUAGUAAGAUCUCUAAAGCACGUGUCAGUGAAGAAAACGUAAUACUGAUUGAUAAAACUCUCAGGAUUUGCAAUGCAGUGAAUGCUGAAAUAAUCUUUACUAGUAAUGUAGUAUUAUCAGAAUUUUGAAUGUUAGAGCAUUAUGUUAAAAUGUGAUUAUAGUUUUAAUGCUUUGUGUGUUUGAAUUUGUGUCUGUAAAGAUGUGCAGCAUAAUUGUUCAUGUAUUUAUUUACAGACUACACUUUCCGUCGCAGCUCAGUAAAUAGUCUUUCCCCUGUUAGUGCUACCCUCUCUUCUGGGACUCUCAGCGUGCUUCCUUAUACUUCAAGGCCUUAUUCUUAUCCAAGCUACCCCUUGUCACCAACAAUAUCACUUGUUAAUGGCAGCCAUGUUGGACAGCGACUAUAUAUCUCCAAUCAGGCCUCAUUCUUCUGAAGAAAAUAUUGUAAACAUUAGUAUGAAAACUCUAUUUGUGUAAAACAUGCAAAUGAAAAUAGUUUUAUUUUAAAUUGGCUUUGUACAUUUGGCUUUAAAAAGAUAAUAUAUUUAUUCCAGUAUUCCAGCAUACUGAACAUCAGCUAUAAUUCAGAAUAGCAGAGUUGUAGAAUUUAUAAGAAUGCAAAGUUAAAGAAAGUUAUUCAGUGGUUUCUCUUGAUAAAGGUGUAUUAAACUACUAUUCUUUUUACACUUUUGGAAUUUCCUUCUAAUUCCUGAGUAGGUAGUACAACUCAGUAGUUUAUGUUAAUUUUUUGAAUAAUAACUUUGCUAAGUAGCAUUUUACAAAUAUUAAAGCACUUGAAGACAAUGGUUAUAUGAGAUUUGAUUACCAAGGAUCACUAUCUGUAUUGGAGAUUAGAAAAAUUAUAUGACCAGAAGCAUCUAACUAUUAUGUAGAAAGAAAUGAUGAGACAAAAAGAUUAAGAUGCAGAUUGUAUGCAGUACUAAAGAAAAAGCAGUCUACCAUUGUGGUCCUUGAAAAUAACUAUAAGCAUUUUAGUUAUUGUUAUAGAAAUAAAUUAUAAUUUUUUGCUGUUAAUAUAUUUUAAGUUUUUACAGUUGUGCUUCAUUUGUGGUUUUGAUAUUCAUUGUAUUGUUGUUUGAAUAAGAAGUAUUAACAGUUUUUUAAUGUUGAAAUCAUGUGUUGUUUAAUUUUUGUACUUGAAUUCAAAUUCUUUGACAUUAAAUAUGUGAUGUUUCUAA